ACACUCUGGUCAUCACAGCGAUGGCUUCACCAUGGAAACACUGCUGCAUCCACCUCCUCCUCUCCAUCCUCGUCCUCCAUCCGCAGUCGUCUGUCUGCCUGCACCGACAGCCUGCUGACAGUGCUGUUACCUCUCCAGUCCAUGAUGAAGGGAGGACACAGAGGGAUGGAGGGAUGUGGAUGGAGGAGAGUUUACCUGCAGACCAACCGUCCAGACAACUGCAGUCUCCAGAUGUGUCUCGGAGGAAGUUACUACAGACGCCAGGAGCUUCAGUUCCCUUUCCUCCCCUCAAGGUGUUGUCCAAUGGGGAGCCGUGCAUCCUGUUUCAGGCCAGGAAACUCUCUCUCCGCUAUGACAAGCAGAGGCAGCUGGACCUGACGGAGAGAGCCUUCUCUCCGCAGAAACCUGUCGACACCAGCCAAUCUGUCUGCCGCCAGGACAAGGCCACGCUAGUCAUGAGGUUUGGAGAUGUGGAGGACUUGAGAAGCCUGUCAAUCAGACUGCAGAUGUCCAACACUUUCUACGAGUCUGCAGGUCAGUGGUGGUUCUCGGUGGACAGCGUCUCUCUGCUCUACAACUCCUCUGAAGAGGCUGUCUUCAACGCCAGCGAUGUGUACGCUCCGGCCUCCUCCUCCUACCUCUGCCCGCAUGUCAGCAGCCUGCAGCGCUACAGCGCCCUGCUGCUGCCCAGUUCUGACCGCGCCCGCCGCUGGACCAUCACCUUCAUUAACUUCCAGAUUGAGGCGUUCAAUGUCACUGCUGGUAAAUUUUCUCCUGCCAGCGUCUGCACCACCAUCCUGACACCGGCCAUCCUGAUGGGCCUCAUCACAUCCCUCAUCCUGCUGCUGGUCCUGGCCUACGCCCUGCACAUGGUCAUCCACCUGAAACACAUCGAGCACGACGACGAGCACAAGGCCGACGUCUACUUCCCCCAAAGCCCUGAACCGUCUGAACACUGCUGUGUGGAAAACGAGGCUGAGAAAAAUAUUCUGUACUGUAGCCAAGAAGGUCAUUAGAGACUGUCAACACUUCAGAGAGACACACCGCUGAUUUGAGGCUGACCGCCGGCA